GACUCUUCUUCGAAGGUCUGGUAUUCGCUCGCUUUUUGGCUCGUGAGAUUGGCAACAAUGACGUAGCCUGGGACUCCCUCUGUUCGGAAGACUUCCGGAACUCCUUGGCCAACUGGAUCUGUACACUCUCCCUACAACAACCUAUUCUUCGUUAUGUGGAUACGUCUACGAGUAUCUUCGUGUUCUGUGAUGCCAGUGGUGGAGCCUACUGCGUGGACGUACGAGAUGGAACCCCGACCCAUACUCGGUUGUUUGGUCGUUUCUCGCUCUUCCCGGUGGAUCAAGCAGCUCGACAGACCAUUGUCCAGAAGGAGCUCAUCGCGCUCACAAAUGCCGUCCAGCUUACUGAGAAGAUUGAUCAGGUACUACGACUUAAUCCUCCAAGACCAUCACGGUAUAUGAUUCUCACGGACAGCGCCAUCAAUCUUCAUCGUCUUCGCAAGAACGAGUCGGCCAAGGCUAAGCUUGGACGCUUCGAACAACGCCGUCUCAAGAUCAUCGAAGAUAUUGUCAACGAUCUGACCAACAAGGGUUUACAAAUAUCAAUCCGACAUGUUCGUGGAGAAUGCAAUCCAGCCGACCGUGGAACUCGAGCUCCUCAGCCUGGAGAAUGUCUCUCACCUCUACAUCACUCCACCAUCACCGAAGGCCUACUGACAUCUCCUCCAGCAUUCUGCUUCCCGGUGCCGCCCCAGGGUACCCCACAGGGUAGUUCCCCAUUAACUGCACUGACAUGUGGGGAAGGCUUUACUUUUGUGGGGUUGAACUCCACCGGAAGCGACGACGCUGACGACGAAGUCACGAUCGACGAACUUCUCCAAGAUCAGUCAUUCAAUCCGAAGAUCGACGACUUCCGAGCAAGUCCAUAUUAUGAUGUUCUACCCAAUGGUUUAGUCGUUCGUAUCGUGGGUAUAGACGUCGACUCGGUGGACGAUGUGAAGACUACACCUCGACAUCAAGUGGUGAUCCACAACGACGAGUUGAAGAAGAAAUUGAUCGCUAAAGCGCAUGCAGUGGGACACCGCGGACGAGUCGGUACAUUGAAGCUGCUCAAGCAACGCUACUUCUGGCAUGGUAUCGCUCGUGAGUGCCGACGCUAUGUAGAUGCCUGUGAACGGUGCCAGUUUGCUCGAGCUGAUCGUGUACAACGUCAGUCCAUGGGAUCUAUUCCUUGGCCUGGUGCUAUUGGCUGUCUCCGUGUAUGUGCUGUUGACAUGACCGGUCCCUACCGAGUAUGUAGCGGAGCCAGUGGCUCCACAUCCGCGAAUCCUUCAAGUGAAGACCCCGACGGUCAGAACUACGGGCUGGUUGUGAUAGAUAUGGCUACCAACUACUUACGUGCCACUACAUGCAAAUCUAAGUUAGCUUCUGAGGUUAUCCGGAAGCUUGAG